AUCCAAGAUUAGCCGUCGAAGAGCUCUACCAUAACCUCGAUAUUCUAUCUAUAUAGUAGCAGUUUAAGAAUAAUUUACUUCCGGUAUAUAUUAGUGGUCCGCUUUGCAGCAAUCUAGACGAAUCACUUCACGAUACUACCGAAUAUGAUCCGAGCUCUCUUUUUGAGGAUCACAGCAGUCCUCUGCUUAUCGAGUGUAGUUUCGGCCGUGUCAAACGUGACUAUUGUUCCUCUCACAAGCGGCUGUUCUUCAUACCCCAACUACGACAACACGACCGGGAUCGCCGGAUCUCUGCGCGUAGUUGCCGACUCGACUGGAAAGGAAAUCGACGGCUUCAAAUUUAAACCUCUGUUCGCUAUUGCUGUCGGUGGUGGAAGUUGGGGUUUCAUGGUGCUACCAACGGUCGAGAAUAAAACCGCAGAAGAUAUCUCAUUCAGAUGCAGUAACAAUACACUACAAGCUUACCUGGAUGUGUGGCAGGACCUGAUUGCGGCUGGUACUCCCGCCGAGUCCGUCUUCGGGUUCCGCUUGCCAGAUCUACCUGAUCCUAAUUAUCACCUCGAGACAUGACUCGCAUCUCAUAGACGGAAUGGCGCAACCGGGCGUCUAUCUCGGAUCCGUCAACGUCACAACCUGGGGCUUCAACUAUCAAAACUUCACCGAGACGGGCGAAUAUUACUU